UUCUUAUAAUCUAUAGAAAUUAAAGUAACUCGCAUUUUUAUAAGCAGUAUAUCAUUCAGGAUGAAAACUCAAUAAAAAUGACUGAGUUUGUUGAUAAAAAUAUGUGGGCCCCUCAACAAGUCUGUGUGAAUGCGCAGAAUAGCACUACUUCGGUAGGACCCGUUGGUAAUCAAGUGAUUGUGAAGAUGAGCGAACUUCCACAACUUUCAUCUGUGGGUUUAUUAGAAUUGGCUCACAGAGAAUAUCAAGCUGGUGACUAUGAAAAUGGUGAAAGACACUGCAUGCAAUUGUGGAGACAAGAUCAAAGUAACACUGGUGUGUUACUUUUGCUCUCCAGCAUUCAUUUUCAAUGUAGAAGAUUGGAUAAAUCUGCACAUUUUAGCACGUUAGCAAUCAAACAAAAUCCACUAUUAGCAGAAGCCUAUAGUAAUCUUGGGAAUGUAUACAAAGAACGUGGACAACUUCCCGAAGCUUUGGAUAACUACAGACAUGCCGUUAGAUUGAAACCUGAUUUUAUUGAUGGUUACAUUAACUUAGCGGCUGCUUUGGUUGCUGCUGGUGAUAUGGAACAAGCAGUACAAGCUUAUAUUACUGCUUUACAAUAUAAUCCAGAUUUGUACUGCGUAAGAAGUGAUUUGGGUAAUCUACUUAAAGCAUUAGGUCGGUUAGACGAAGCGAAGGCGUGUUACCUGAAAGCUAUCGAAACGCGGCCUGAUUUUGCGGUCGCCUGGAGUAACUUGGGAUGUGUCUUUAAUGCCCAGGGAGAGAUAUGGCUUGCUAUACAUCAUUUUGAAAAAGCCGUCGGCCUAGAUCCGAAUUUUCUCGAUGCUUACAUUAAUCUUGGAAAUGUUUUAAAAGAAGCAAGAAUUUUUGACAGAGCGGUAGCAGCGUACUUGAGGGCUUUAAAUCUAUCCCCAAACAAUGCGGUCGUUCACGGAAAUCUCGCUUGCGUCUAUUACGAACAAGGACUCAUCGAUCUCGCAAUCGAUACUUAUCGGCGCGCGAUCGAACUACAACCGAAUUUCCCAGACGCUUAUUGCAAUUUGGCGAAUGCUCUUAAAGAGAAAGGGCAGGUAGCGGAAGCCGAGGAAUGUUACAAUACCGCAUUGAGGUUGUCGCCAUCGCAUGCUGACUCAUUGAACAAUUUAGCGAAUAUCAAACGAGAACAAGGUUAUAUUGAAGAAGCAACGCGUUUAUAUUUAAAAGCAUUGGAAGUAUUUCCGGAAUUUGCCGCUGCUCAUAGUAACUUAGCUUCGGUAUUACAACAACAAGGGAAAUUAACGGAGGCUUUGAUGCAUUAUAAAGAUGCGAUCCGUAUCCAGCCGACGUUUGCUGAUGCUUACUCGAAUAUGGGUAAUACUCUUAAAGAAAUGCAAGACGUGAGCGGUGCUCUUCAAUGUUACACAAGAGCGAUUCAGAUCAAUCCGGCUUUUGCGGAUGCGCAUAGUAACUUGGCAAGCAUUCAUAAAGAUUCUGGAAACAUUCCCGAAGCGAUUCAAUCAUAUCGCACCGCUUUAAAACUAAAACCCGAUUUCCCAGAUGCGUAUUGCAAUCUAGCUCAUUGUCUACAAAUCGUAUGCGAUUGGACUGAUUACGAUAUCAGAAUGAAAAAGUUGGUUACAAUUGUUGCCGAUCAAUUAGAUAAAAAUCGUUUACCAUCCGUUCAUCCACAUCAUUCUAUGCUUUAUCCGUUAUCUCACGAAUUUCGUAAAGCGAUUGCCACGCGCCAUGCGAAUUUGUGUUUGGAAAAAAUCAACGUCUUACAUAAACUCCCAUACAAAUUCGCUUAUGAAAUUAAAGGACGGUUAAGAAUUGGUUAUGUAAGUAGCGAUUUCGGAAAUCAUCCAACAUCGCAUCUUAUGCAAUCCGUCCCGGGACUUCACGAUCGCAACAAGGUCGAAAUUUUCUGUUACGCUUUAAGUCCCGAUGAUGGGACCACUUUCCGUAGCAAAGUCGCUAGGGAAGCCGAACAUUUCAUCGAUUUAUCGCAAAUACCGUGUAAUGGAAAGGCGGCCGAUAAAAUCUAUUCGGAUGGGAUUCAAAUUCUCGUUAACAUGAACGGUUACACGAAAGGUGCAAGAAAUGAAAUAUUUGCUUUGCGUCCGGCACCGAUUCAAGUGAUGUGGUUAGGAUAUCCUGGUACGAGUGGUGCAAGUUUUAUGGAUUAUUUAAUUACUGAUGCUGUUACCUCACCGUUAGAAUACGGUCAUCAAUACAGCGAAAAAUUGGCUUAUAUGCCACACACUUAUUUUGUCGGUGAUCACAGGCAAAUGUUUCCUCAUUUAAAAGAACGUUUAAUUGUUAGUGAUAAAAGCAGUAAUAGCGUUGCUGAUAAUGUUGCGAUUAUAAACGCAACCGAUCUUUCGCCUCUUGUUGAAAAUACAGAUGUUAAAGAAAUUAAAGAGCUUGUUCAAGCGCCUGCAAAAACAGUUGAAAUCAGUCUUAAAGUUGCUGAGCUUCCAACAACAACACCAAUUGAAACAAUGAUUGCUCACGGACAAGUACAAACCUCCUUAAACGGUGUGGUUGUUCAAAACGGUUUAGCAACCACCCAAACUAAUAAUAAAGCAGCAACCGGAGAAGAAGUUCCACAAAACAUCGUUAUCACCACUCGACAACAAUACGGAUUACCAGACGAAGCAAUCGUAUACUGUAAUUUUAAUCAAUUAUACAAAAUCGAUCCGUUAACACUUCAAAUGUGGGUUAAUAUUUUGAAAAACGUUCCUAAUUCCGUUUUGUGGUUAUUGAGGUUCCCGGCUGUUGGCGAACCGAAUUUACAAGCGACCGCUCAGCAAUUAGGACUUCCAGCAGGAAAGAUUUUGUUUAGUAAUGUGGCGGCGAAGGAAGAGCACGUUAGAAGGGGUCAGUUGGCCGAUGUUUGUUUGGACACACCGCUUUGUAAUGGACACACAACGAGUAUGGACGUAUUGUGGACCGGAACCCCCGUCGUUACACUUCCGGGGGAAACUUUGGCAUCAAGAGUUGCCGCUUCGCAAUUGGCUACUUUGGGUUGUCCGGAAUUAAUUGCCAGAUCUAGACAGGAAUAUCAAGAAAUUGCUAUUAAGUUAGGAACGGAUAAGGAAUAUUUGAAAGCAAUGAGACAUAAAGUUUGGACAGCGAGGACGAGUUCACCAUUAUUUGAUUGUAAACAAUACGCACAAGGUUUAGAGAUGCUCUACCACCAAAUGUGGCAGAGGUACGCCAAAGGACUUAAAGCCGAUCACGUAGCAGCUAUCGAGAAAUAAGAAAAAUAUUUAAAAAAAAUUGACUCCAAAAAAAAAAAAAGAAAGAAAUGGAUCACAGUAUUUAUUCAUUUUCUCUUAUAUAAUUAGCAACAUAUACAACAUAUAUAUUUUUAUUAUCUUUGUUAUUAGCUUAGGAUAGAGCGACUAUUUUUUUUUAUUAUUUAGUUUUCAAUUUUCAAAGGAGGUUCGCGUGGGCGAUCCUCUAAAGAAGCUAGAAUUGUGUAUAAAAAGAUAAAGAUCGUAAAAAAAAGUGUAUAGUUGCGAUACGUUUCAAGUUAAUGUCUUUUUUGAAACUUGAGACUUAAUUAGAGUGUGUGACAAUUUCUCAAAAAAAAUCGUAAAUGAUUGAUCGCUGUGCUGUAAUUAUUUAUAAAAGAAACGUAUGUUAAGUGUU